CCCCAAUUUCUAAAUUAUCAGAAAGAAAUUGGGAAAAUUCAAUUCAAUCCAAUCCAAUCCAUUUCAAUUUCAAUCCAAACCAAUUUCUAGGGUUAGGGCAUUUUCCCAAAAAAUACCCAAAUCAAUUUUCCCACCAAUCCUUUAUGAUUCCUUCUUUUGGUAAAAACAACCCAAUCAGGAUUUUGAUUCCCACCCAAGAUUGGCGUGCCUUUUUCACAAGAAGGGCAUCUUUCUAUUAAUCUUGUCGCAAUCCCUCUAUUUCUUCUGCAGCUCCACUACCUCCGCCAUCGCCUCCCCAGCAGCUGCCACUGAAGCCGCCAACCAUGAAGGUCCACCCCAUGCCCAGGAAGCGCAACAUCACCGUCCAAUACAGAUCAAGAAACCCACUUUCUGAAGCGCAGGCACUUUUGGGUCUGACCCAUAAGAAGCUCCGCCGUCUCCCCCAUGUCUUCAGCCGGAUCCUGGAGCUCCCCUUUCGGUCCGACGCUGACGUUCUGGUCCAGGAGAAUCCCGAUUGCUUCCGAUUCGUCGCCGAAGCCGAUAAUAUCGGCGACGGCGUGAGGACCCACACCAUCGAAAUCCAUCCCGGGGUGACAAAAAUCGUGGUUCGCGAAAGUGGAUCGGCGGAAUUGACGUUGGACGAGCUCGAGCUCGACAUGUGGAGGUUUCGGCUGCCGGAAUCGACUCGACCCGAGUUGGCCAGCGCGGUUUUCGUGGACGGGGAGCUUAUCGUGACGGUGCCGAAGGAUGUGGGAGUGGAGAAUGCGGACGGUGGUGAUGGUGGCGGAGAGGUUUGGGGCGGUGGCGACGGGAAUGGGGGUGGGGGUUUCAGAGGAGGUAUGGGGAACCGCCUUGUGCUUGUACAGUAAUUAUCUCUCUGUUUUUUAAACCUUUCUACUUCUUUGGGCUAUAAUUUUAGUUGUUCCAAUUAAGUUGGCUUUAGCUGUGCAACUGAGCUUUUGAGGCUGUUGUUGUUGGUGGAACUAGUUGUUUUAUGCUGCUGUUCUUGUUGAAUGAAAGAAAUGUUGGUUUUAGCAA